GUCAGUCUGUCCCGGGUCGGCAGCGCGUCUGUUUUGGGUCUCAGGAAGCAGAAUGAGGACCGCCUCCGUAUCGCCCGUAUCCACGACAACCUGCUUUACUUCGCCGUGUUCGACGGCCACGGCGGCCCGCACGCCGCCGACUACUGCUACACCUUUAUGGAGAAAUUUAUCAGAGACGCUCUGGAGGAGGAAGAUGAUCUGGAGAAAGUUUUAAAGAAAGCUUUUUUAGAUGCUGAUAAGGCUCUACACACACACCUCAGCUACUUCAACAACGCCUCCUUCCUGACAGCUGGCACCACGGCGACGGUUGCUAUGCUGCGUGACGGCGUGGAGCUGGUGGUCGGUAGCGUUGGUGACAGUCGGGCGAUGCUGUGCAAGAAGGGACGAGCCACCAAACUCACCAAAGAUCACACACCUGACCGCAAGGACGAGAGACACAGGAUCCAGAGGUUCGGCGGCUUCGUGACGUGGAACAGCGUCGGUCAGGCUAACGUUAACGGGCGGCUCGCCAUGACUCGCAGCAUCGGCGACUUCCACCUGAAAACCAGCGGCGUCAUCGCUGAGCCGGACACACAGCGAGUCAAUGUCCAGCACGCCAACGACUCCUUCCUGGCUCUGACCACCGACGGCAUCAACUUCCUUCUGAGUGACCAGGAGAUCUGCGACGUCAUCAACCAGUGCCCGGACCCCACAGAGGCUGCUGACGUCAUCGCACAGCAGGCGAUGCAGUACGGCUCGGAAGACAACGCCACCAUCAUCAUCGUCCCUUUAGGAGCCUGGGGGAAACACCAGAGCUCCAACGCCGUCUACAGCAUGAGCAGGAACUUCACCUCAAGCGGGAGAUGGGCGUAGACACACACACACACACCACACAAAAACAUCACAGAGCUCUAUAACAGUCGACAAAAUGAGUGUGACUUGAAGGAAACACAUUUUUUUAACUGUGAACCACCCUGAAUUCACCUGACCCUCAGGUUGUGACCCAAAGUAGUGCCGGCUUUAGCUUUCCCAGUUGAUAGUCAACAGUGUACAUAGAGUGUAUAUUAAUAUAUUGUACAUACAGAGAGAUUUGCUUUAAGUGUCUAGUUUGUUAAUCUGCAUGCUUCUUUUGUGUUUAGACAAAACAUUUAACAUCCCUCUCCAUCCAAAUUGUCGACUUGUCAGGAAGUAAGAAGUGCGGUUUUGUCUCAGUUUGAGCUCAGUAUGGAUUUGAGUUUUUCCCGAGGGCUUAAAAGGAGUUCACACUGCAGGCACGAGUCGCACAAAUCAGAUUUUUUUUUUGUGACUCAGAUCUUUUUUUUAAUAACAGUGUGAACAGAACAAAUCACACUGAAUCUGGUUUUUUUUUCAUUCUGAUUCAGGACACUUUGGUAUGUGGUUAAAAUCAGAUUUUUUGCAAUACGACCUCAGUGUGUACAGAAUUCAUUUACUAUUUACGUUUACAAUAUUCUUUAGGUGGACUGGGGCAUUUCCAGAGGGGGGGCAAUGGACACCCCUAAAAUUUGAUUGGCACCCCAUUAACCUUACCACUUCCACUUUAAGAUGCUGUAGCAGACUCCGUUUUAUACCUAGAGUGAAAAUACUGUAUCAUAUGAACUAAAUGACACAUCCCAUGAUAGCCAUGUCAGGUUAUCAUGUGGGGAAAUGAAUCCAAACUGAGACGAAAAAUGAAAGACGUGAAAUAAUUGAUUAAAAUACCUAUUUUGAUGCUUUGAGGCAUCAGAGUCUGCUAGCUCAGUUUUUGGACCUCAUUAGUUCAACAGUAUUAGGGGUUAGGAUUGUGAAAUCUGAUUUUGGCCACAUUUAUAUGACGGAUGUGGCUCAAGAGGUAGAGCGGGUCGUUUUUUGAUCCGAAGGUUGCCGGUUGGAUACCCGACUCCUGCCACUGCAUGCCGAAGUGUCCUUGAGCAAGAUACUGAACCCCAAAUUGUUUCCGAUUCAUCGGUGUAUGAAUGGGUGAAUGUGACAUGUAGUGUAAAAGCUCUUUGAGUGGUUGGAAGACUAGAAAAGGAGCUUUACAAGUACAGUCCAUUUAAAAAAUAAUGUAAACAAACAAAACAAAUCUGAUCUGAACAAUAAAUCAGAGUUGAGCAGUAAGGCUUGCAGUGUGAACCCUGCCACAGAGAACAAACAAAUUAUGUUUAAUUAUGUUUACUUUGUUACCUGCCAGGUUAGCUAAAUCAUAACACAUAAGAAAGUGAUAUAAAGAUUACAUUGAAUUUUCCACUGGUAUUCACCACUUUAUUUGAGUGCAAGUUUGAGGAGGAAAGUCUGAAGUAACCGAGGGAAACAUCAUCAAUAACAAACACCACAUAAAGAAAUAAGACAAAGUGAAACCUGA